GAUGUAGUUGUUUACGGCGGAUGGAAAAGAGUAGGUGAACCUCAAUGUAUAUGUAUACGGUACAAAGUUCAUGAUUAUUAUGGAGGCCAAAAAGGAUACUAAGGGAAAGAAGUCGUUUAUUGAACGGCCCGUCGGGAUUCUGAAGAAGCAGCUCGGGUAUAAAAGGGAGUUUCCUCAUCCAAACCUAGCUAGAGUAAUUAUACCUACACUGUCGUAUGAAGGACUUGAUUGCUCAGGAGAAAAAAUUCUCCCUUGGUCGUUGUUAAAAUUGUUCGAAUCAUGUGAUCUCAAUGAUUUCUGGCCAUUUCAAGAUGAUCCACAAGGGUCGCAUCAUGAGAGUGUCAUUUAUUCGUUGAACUUAGAACUAGAAAUUGACGAAGCGAUGUAUAGAACGGAUACGCCGAAAUUCCCUUUAAUCAUUGACAGCACUUUCAAAUAUGUGAAAAGGUCGUCGCGACUUGUGGAAAAUAUUCUGCGGCACGCGGAAAUUACAAGACCGUACGCCAAAAUGUCUGGUGUUGAUGUUAAUAUGGACCCAGAAACGAGAAAACCAAAACCAUUUCCUACAUGGUGGAGUGAGCAUUAUAACUUUCCAACAGACGGACAAAAAAGUGAAUUCAAACUCCCAUUAAAGCCAAAAGAAAAUGUGUUUAUUUCCAAACAUCGAGUGUAUUUCAGUGACACGGACGAAAACAAGCAUAUGAAUUUCACAGUAUACGUCCGAUUUUGUUACAACAGUUUUUGCGAAAAUGUUCUUUCUGGAAAAUAUGGCGCCGACUUCAAUGUUUACGAGAUAGGGCUUAGGAAAUUGCAAAUAACAUAUUUAAAAGAGUGUAAUCUAGGGGACAUUUUGACUGUUGAAUCAUGGGAAGAUGACGUCACCAAGGAUGCAUAUUAUUUUGAAAUGUGGAACGGUGCUGAUUUGUCAGCUACGGCCACAAUGAGUUACCAUAAUCUUUCGGAGAAAGAAAAAUCUAGCCGUUUAUAAUACACUGAACAAUAAUAUCCAGCAGAAAAAAUUAUGUUUUUUUAAUAAUUAUUAAUAUGCGUUAUAGAAUGUUAUAGACAAACGAAUACGAUCAAUUCUUUCUUUUUUGCUGUUAAUCGAGUGAAAGAGGAAGAAUACAUUCGACCAUUACGAAAUGAGCUCCUGACAAGUCCCUAACUCAAUUUCAUAAGCGCAAUUAAGUUUUUGUACGAAUUUUUCGGCCAAAGAACGCUAGUCAAAACCAAUUAAAAUGUUAAAGAAGCCUGAUAUUAAUAAAUUUAAUAAUGCUAUUAAUUGUCUGCCUUCCUUUUAUUCAGGUCUGAAUAUACUGGUACGCAGUUUAGUAAAUUUUAUCAAGAAGUUUAAUAAAGUCAUGUUCUAAUUACUGAAAGAAUUACAUGUAUAAUAUUAUGUUUGUCAUUUGUACUUGAAUAAAUACAGAAAUAAA